UGCAGGCAUAUACGCUGGGAUGGGUGGUCCGCUGCUAAACCACCAUCUUUCCUCCGCUCGGGGAAGCGCGCCGCUGCUCCCAGCCCCCGUGGCAGACUGAGGCAAGGCUGGACUAGAGAAGACAAGAGACUGAAUUAUGUUUCUGAGGGAUCUCUUGGUUUCUGCUCAUUGGGCAUGGCAGGGCAUGAGGAAUAUCUUGCUUUUACUUGUGCUGUCAAUGUUGCAAACAACUGAUUUGGAAGCCAGGAAAGAUCAUCAAUUUGUCUGGAAAACAGGUCAUUGGGGGCGAUGUAUAGGUGACUGCGGGUCAGGUGGUAUUCGGAGCCGAGCAGUGUGGUGUGUCCAUGUAGAAGGUUGGACAGCUCACCAUUCAAACUGUGGACUGAGGGACAAACCUGAAAACCAAAGGAGCUGCUUUCAAGUAUGUGACUGGCACCUUGAACUCUUUGAGUGGGAAGUUUCAGAAUGGCAGAUAUGUGUGCUUGUUCCUUUCGCUCAUGGUGAAGUCAAACCAAGGACUACAGACUGUGUGACUGCACAGCACGGGCUACAACACAGAAGUGUACGUUGUAUUCAGAAACUGAAUAGAACUAUAGUUGCCAGUGAAAUAUGUGAAUAUUUUAUAUCACAGCCACCUGUAGAACAAGCUUGUCUAAUACCUUGUCCACGGGAUUGUGUUGUGUCAGAAUUCUCCAAAUGGUCUGAGUGCAGCAAAGACUGUGUGAGGAGUUUACAACACAGAACUCGUUUUGUUAUCUCUCCUCCACUCUAUGGUGGUUCCAAUUGUCCAAACCUUACUGAGUCAAGAAUCUGUGAUGUCCCUAUCUCUUGUUUUCUUGGGGAAGAGGAAUACAUUUACAGUCUUCAAGUUGGACCUUGGAGUAAAUGCAGGUUGCCUCACCUUAAAGAAGUUAGUCUUGUUGGAAGAACUAUGCUGGAUUUCAGUUCAGAUUCUGCAGAACGAAGCACAUUCAAACUGCACAGUUAUAAAUCCCACCACUAUUCCAAGCCAUGGGAUGUAGAGAUAGGUUAUCAGACAAGGCAGGUUAGGUGUACAAGGAGUGAUGGGAAAAAUGCCAUGCUGAGCCUUUGUAUGCAAGAAACCAUCCCACUGACCUUUCAGUCAUGUGUCAUGCCUAAAGAUUGCGAAACAUCGGUUUGGUCUAUGUGGAGCACCUGCUCGAAGACUUGUCACUCAGGGGAUCUCUCACCAGGAUUCCGAAGCAGACACAGGAGCAUAAAGUACAUCGCAGUAGGCACCGGAAAGGAGUGCCCUGAGCUAGAAGAGAAGGAGGCCUGCAAUGUAGGAGGAAAAGAACUUCUGCAUCCGUGCCCCAGAUUUUCAUGGAGGACUUCUGAAUGGAAAGCAUGCCAUGUUACUCUCCUCCUUGAUGGACAGGACCCUCGCCGACAUAAGCACACAGCCCUUUGUGGAGGUGGAAUACAAGUCCGGGAAGUGUACUGUGUCCAAAGUGUGAUAGAAUCUGGGACACACAAAUUAAAGGAAGUCACUAGGCCAGUUAACAAGAAACUGUGUGUUGGCCCUGCUCCCUCUGCCUCCCAGCUGUGCAACGUUCCAUGUUCUUCUGACUGUCUGGUUUCCUCCUGGUCUGCAUGGGGACCCUGUGUUCAUGAGAACUGCCAGGAUCACCAGGGAAGAAAAGGAUUUAGAAUGAGACAAAGGCAUGUUGUUGUGGAACCCAUUAGUAUGUCUCAGGGUUGUCCACACUUAGUAGAAUCUAUUCCUUGUGAAGACCCGAUGUGUUACCAGUGGGUCAUUUCCGAAGGAGUCUGUGUACCUGAUCAUGGAAAAUGUGGGCAUGGAAAUCGCAUACUGAUAGCCAUAUGCAAGAACAAUAAAGCUGCAUGGUCUUGGUCCCGCCUUUGGACUCUAUACCAGGCCGAGCUUCGGUGCGUUGGAUUCCCCGCCUCCGUGACAGCAACACCAGGAGUCCCCGUUGCACGUGACAAAGUAUCACAUACCCUUUGCUCAGAGUUUCUCCAUCCUGAAACGAUGGUUUGUGAAGUACCAUGUGCAGUGGACUGUGUCGUUAAUGACUGGUCAGAAUGGUCAUCUUGUUCCCACUCAUGUUCCAGUAAAAAUGCAGAGGGGAAACAAAGCAGAACUAAAUCUAUCCUGGCACUGCCAGGGGAGGGUGAUCAGCAGACAAUGGCCUACUCCUAUAGAUGGAACUUCAAAAGUCUGGGAUUUUGCAUAACUGGAGGUGGGAAACCCUGUCCUCCUCACCGGGCCCUACAGGAGUAUCGCUUAUGUAAUGAUCACAUUUGCACACAGCUCUAUUGGGAAACAUCUCCAUGGGGUCCUUGUUCUGAAGACACUUUGGUAACUGCCCUCAAUGCUACCAUUAGCUGGAAUGGAGAAGCUACUUGUGGAGUGGGCUUGCAAACACGGAAGGUCUUUUGUGUGAAGAAUAAUUUUGGCCAGGUUACAAAUAAAAGGUGUCCAGAUUCCCUCCGACCUGAAACCAUGCGUCCAUGUCUGCUCCCGUGUAAAAAAGACUGUGUUGUUACCCCUUUCAGUGAGUGGACACACUGCCCUAUGACAUGCCAACAUGACAAUGCUACAGCAAUUAAACAGUUCCGAUAUAGGAUUAUCAUUCAGAAUGCUGCCAAUGGGGGACAGGACUGCCCGGACACCUUGUAUGAAGAAAGAGAAUGUGAAGAUAUUCCUGUCUGUCCAGUUUACAGAUGGAAGACCCAUAAAUGGAGUCACUGCAUACUGGUGCCAGAUUCUGUGAGACAGGGCAUAUUGGGAAUCAAUGAAGCAUGUGGCCGUGGUUUGCAGUCGAGAGCUGUUGUGUGCCUCUCAGACAAUGACCUUGCUGCAGACGUCACUGAAUGCAUGAAGUGGACAGAACCUAUGCCCUCCCUGGUACAGGAGUGUCUAAUUCCCUGCAAAGAUGAUUGCACAUUCACCCCUUGGUCUAAAUUUACAGCAUGCUCUUCAGAUUGUGAAUCAACAAAAAGUAGAAGAAGAUCACUCACAGGGAGAAGCAGAAAACGAGACAAAUGCCAGAAUACAGUAGUGUAUCCUCAAGUUGAAACAGAAGCAUGUCCCUGUGAAACAUUUAUCACCCAGCCCCAUGGAAAUUGGUCCGAUUGCAUUAUUGCAGAAGGAAAAACAGAGCUGCAAUUAGGAAUGAGAUUCCAGGGAGAGACCAAACAAUGUGGAGAAGGUGUGCGACUCCGAGCUAUUGCCUGUUAUGAUAAGACUGGCAAACUUGUGGAACCAUCCUACUGUAGCAGUUCUGGAUACAUUGAAGAAUCUUGUGUAAUUCCUUGUCCAUUUGAUUGCAAACUAAGUGACUGGUCUAGUUGGGCCUCUUGUAGUGCUUCUUGUGGAGCUGGAAUGAAAAUUCGAUCCAAGUGGCUUAAAGAAAAGCCUUACAAUGGAGGUCGUCCAUGCCCAACACUGGAUCUGAAGAAUCAGGUGUAUGAGGCAGUCCCAUGUUACACUGAGUGCAAUCAGCAUUCCUGGGUAGUAGAACCAUGGUCUCCAUGCAAAAUCAACAGUGAACAAAAUUCCCUCCACUGUGGAGAUGGAAUACAAACUAGAAAAAUCAGAUGUGUAAAUACUGCUGAGGAUGGUGAAGGCGAGACUGUGCCCAUUACGCAGUGUGAUCAGUCUGAAAUCCCUAAUGAAGCCCAAAAGUGUAAUCUUUACUGCCCUAAUGAGUGUGUAAUGUCUGACUGGGGACAAUGGAGCCAGUGUCCACAGGUAUGUGACCCCAAUAUUAUGCAAACACGGACUCGACAUGUGUUAAGAUCGCCUUUAAAUACCAGGACUUGUCCUAAAGAUUCACAAAUGCAACCUUGUGUUCUCAAUCAAAAUUGCUUUCAGUAUCAGUACAAUCUAACAGAUUGGAGUACAUGUCAGCUAAGUGAAAAUGCAACCUGUGGACAAGGGAUUCAGAGACGCCUUUUGAGCUGUAUGCGCAGUGAUGGAAAAUCAGUGAAUAUGAACUACUGUGAGCAGUUAAACUUGGAAAAACCUGAAAAAUUGAGCAUUCAUUGCCAUGUGGAAUGUGCUGUGAACUGUCAGCUUUCCAAAUGGUCAGCCUGGUCAGAAUGUUCAAACACUUGCGGCAUUGGAGGCCAGAUGAUACGUACUCGGUCCAUAAUUAUGCAGUCACAAGGAGAAGGAAGGCUAUGUCCUACACAGCUCACCCAGUACAGAAACUGUCCUGUAAAACCCUGCUACACUUGGAUUCUCGGGGCAUGGUCACCAUGCAAAGUAGAGGGUGGACAAUGCGGUGAAGGAUUCCAAAUCCGUAACCUCACGUGUAUAGUUCAUGAUGCCUCUAUGUCUGUUCCAUCCAAGCAAGUAAAAAAUGCAUUUUGUGGAGAGCUGCCAUCAAAAGACAAUGCACUACAAUUGCCAUGUUCUGUGCCUUGCCCAGGUGAUUGCCAUUUGACAGGAUGGUCAGAGUGGAGCUCAUGUGAGCUAACGUGUAUUGAUGGCAGGAGCUUUGAGACCACUGGUCGCCAGUCUCGAUCAAGAACCUUUAUCAUUCAGUCUUUUGAAAACCGAGACAGCUGUCCUGAGCAAGUCUUGGAGACAAGGCCUUGUUCAGGAGGGAAAUGUUAUAACUAUGCAUGGAAAACUAGCCUUUGGAGAGAUAAUGAACGUACUGUGUGGUGCCAGCGUUCAGAUGGUGUAAAUGUCACAGGAGGUUGUUCUGUUCACACCCAGCCUGCUGAAACCAGACACUGCAAUCCAGAGUGCAAAAAACCAUUCACCUACUGCACCCAGAGUGGAGUCUGCAGUUGUGAGAGAGGAUAUACAGAAAUAAUGAGAUCAAAUGGUUUCCUGGAUUACUGCAUGAAGGUACCAGGUUUGGAAGAUAAGAAAGCUGAUGUUAAAACCAGUGCUGGAAAGAAUAAACCUGUCAACUCAAAAAUGCAUGACAUUUUCAAAGGAUGGUCUAUUCAGCCUUUUAAUCCAGAUGGUAGACUUAAGAUUUGGGUGUACGGAGUAUCCGCUGGUGGUUUUCUCAUCAUACUUUUCCUGAUUUUUACAUCCUAUCUUGUUUGCAAAAAAACAAAACAGCAUCAAAGUACUCCUCCACAACAGAAGCCUCUGACCUUCGCAUAUGAUGGAGACAUGGACAUGUAACAUAAAAGAAAUCCAAAUGCAUACUUCAACUGCCUUAACUGCUUACUCUUUUAUAACUUUCAGAUUCCUCAGUUUUUUGAGGAAUCCCUUGACAUGUAAUAUACCAGGCAGAAUAUAAAUAUUGCAAAUGUGGAAUUUUGCCUCUGGUUUAUUUAAAAAAUGGAGUCAAAGACCUUCAGAUCUUGUGAAAAUUUUUCCAAAUUUUUCUUGUGAAAAUGCAUCUCUUCCUGUUUGACAAUAGGAAUAAAAAAAAUACAUUUUUUUAAAUAACAUUUACUUUAAAAAAAAGCAUGACAAUCCUAUGGAAAAUGUGACAUUCAAUGUAAAUGACAAAUUUGACACUUCAUCAUUAUGCACUAUAUUAGUGCAGAGUUCCUUAUUCUGCACAUACUUCAACAAUGAGUUUUCUAGUGUUUAUGUUUAGUUCAAAAGACUUUGAAGCUAGAUUGUGUAUUUUGAGAAUGCAAAAAAAAAAAGAAUGUGUUGAAAUAACUGGAAUUCUCCGGGUUUUUAAAGUUACUGCUUUCUUAUGCUGUUUUCUAGCCUGGAAUAUGAUUUUGCAGCAUUUCCAUCAAUAGGACAGAAUAAGGAUUGUUUAAAUUUACAGCACAAGAAGUGAUAUAGGUGGUUUCCUACUGAAUAUGUUUUUUAAAGAGAUGAGUAAAUAGAUGUUUUGAUGAACGGGUAGAGAAUUUGAUUGUUUACAAAUGUAUUUUAAAUUAGAUCAAACCAUGUAGAUACAUUCUGGCCAUUUUAAAUUAUAAUUCAGUUUAAUUACUACAAACUCUGCUUUUGUAAUUUAAAUUUUCUUAUCUGAAAUAUUUAUACAUUCUUUUUUGAAUUUAAUUAUCUGACCUCAUUUAAUAUACAUCUGACACAACUACUGUUUGUAGAAGAUCUUGCUUUUUUAAAUGUUUGAAAAAUACUGAAAAGUUACCAUUGUAAACAUCUUGGGAAUAUUCGAAGAAAAUAAGUGUUUGUAAUAGUAUGUGUUGCAAGUAAGAAAGUGCCAUCUUGUGGUAUUGAUAUGUAUUUAUAAGCAAAUAAAAUGUUAGAGAGUGAGAAUUUUGCUUCCAGUAUAUUGAAUUAAAUGUGUGUUAAAGACUUUCAUUUUGACCCUUUAGUAUGCCUCAAAUCACACUCUGUACUGGAUGAAAACCUUGGAUAGUCCAGAGUUUUCACCUGAGUGGGU